AUGGCCACACCAAUUCAACAGACAGCUUUAAACAGCUACGUCGGUUUCGAUACAAUCACUCAACAAAUUGAGAAGAAAUCACUUAAAAGAGGAUUUCAGUUCAAUGUCAUGGUUGUUGGACAAACUGGUUUGGGAAAAUCCACCUUGGUCAACACUUUGUUUGCUUCACAUCUCAUCGAUAGUAAAGGCCGUCAACAUGUCCAAGACUUACACAAACAAACAACCCAAAUUGAAUCUGUAUCUCAUGUCAUUGAGGAAAAUGGAGUUCGCCUGAGAUUGAACAUUGUUGAUACACCUGGUUAUGGUGAUCAAGUGGAUAACGAGAAUUGCUGGGAACCCAUCAUCAAGUACAUCAAAGACCAACAUUCAGCCUACCUCCGUAAAGAACUCACUGCUCAGCGUGAAAAAGUGAUUCAAGAUAACCGAGUCCAUUGUUGUCUUUACUUUAUUGCACCUUCUGGCCACUCUUUAAAGCCAAUUGAUGUGAUUGUGCUCAAGAAACUCGUUCAAGUCGUCAAUGUGGUCCCUGUCAUUGCAAAAUCAGACUCACUCACCAUUGAGGAAAGAAGCGCAUUCAAGCAACGCAUUAAUGCAGAGUUGGCCUUCCAUCAAAUUGAUUUAUAUCCCUAUGAUACCACAGAAGAUUACGACGAUGAAGAACGUGCAUUGAAUGCUCACAUUAGACAAUUGCUUCCCUUUGCCGUCGUUGGUUCAGAGAGGCAGGUAGUGGUCAAUGGAAAAGCAGUAAUUGGACGCAAAAACAGAUGGGGCACCAUCAUUGUCGAGGAUGAGAAUCAUUGCGAAUUCAUUCAUCUUCGCAACUUUUUGACCAGAACCCAUUUACAAGAUUUGGUAGAGACAACUGCUAUGGUUCAUUACGAGACAUUCCGUUCAAAUCAAUUGAUGGCUCUGAAGGGCGCUGUGGCUGCAAGCCCUGCUUCUGAAAUCAGCUCUCCUUUAUCAGUAGCAGCAACAGUAUCACCCUCUUCUACCACCCUCAAUAGCAACAAUACGAAUGCUGCUACUGCUGCUAUUCCAACAAAGGCCUUUCCUCCAUUCGCUUAG